UCCCGUCCCGAUCGUUCGCAUUCCUUGCUUGCCUUCGGUGUGAGUGUAGGUUCCGUCUCAAAUACAGAUCCCCAUGGCCAAGUCAUCGCCCACCCAAGCCUCCCCCGCGUCCCCUGCUGGUGCAGUAAGCGCCUCGGCUCAAUCCGUUGCUGCAUCUGCAUCAAAUGCUGCGGCACAGCAAGCUUUUCUCGUCCGACGGCUUGUUACUUCAUACCAAAAGAACACCCCACAGUCUUUGAAACUGAUCGAUACGUACCUUGUGUUUGUGAUGUUGACGGGGAUUAUCCAGUUCGUAUAUGUUCUGCUUGCGGGAACAUAUCCCUAUAACAGUUUUCUGGCGGGAUUUGGGGCGAGUGUUGGAAGUUUCGUGUUGGCGGCCAACUUGCGAAUGCAAGUAAACCCAGAGAACAAGGAAUUCAAAGACACGUCGACGGAAAGAGCCUUUGCAGACUUUGCCUUUGCCAGCCUUGUGCUAUUUGGAUUUGUAGUGAACUUUUUAGGAUAAAUACGAUGCAUAGUUCCUUACUCAUUCCACGUUUUCGACAUGAAUAUUCCCCUUUGGUCUCAGUGCACGGCAUAUGAAACAACUUUAUUGAUCAUGAAUGCGAUAAAUAAAGAAAAGUAUAAAUAAACAUAAGAGAAAGAUAAGAUAAAUGUCACAAUGCCCUG